GACGUACCUUCACGCAUGCGUGGACCAAUCGUGGAAGAGGAAAAAACAAGAUGUCGUUUCAUAAAGAAGACAAUAUGUCUAUAAUAGUUUUGUCUUCUUAAUCAGUGCGUACGUGUACUCAAAAAUGUUGUUUGAUAGAGAAAACGUCGUUUAUAUUUGUUUGUGUUCGAUACAUUGGUUAAAGUGCACUUUGACGCUUUUCUUGCGAGCUUAGCUUGUUAGUGCAUUAGCUUAGCAUUUUAUCUGCUAACACCUCACUAUGGAGAGAUCGAGUGUGAAGUGUUGUGAUUGUGUCAAACUGGGCGAAAGAACGUAUGAAGAGGAUAGUUCUUCAACAAAAGAGAAGAACGAAUAACAACGACUGGAAGCUGUUUUCAAUAAACAUCAAGUUUCUUGGAAACGCAGAAGUAAACACAGAACAGGCGGGCGUGUAAAGUGUUGUGAUUCUGUGAAAGAACGACGGCAAAAUAGGAGGCACUUUCUCCAACAAAAGAGGACAACGCCCGACAACAUCAACAAGUUCACGCUGUUUUCAAGAUCCAUCAACUAGUGUAACACAGAACAGAGCACCACCAGUUUAUAGAGGAAGAGGAGGAACUGUGGAUCACUGAGGAGAAAGAGAGUGUCUUCUCGAAGAGGAGGAGACUGAUCCAACUAAGUUUCCACUGACCGUUGUCUCUGUCCAAACUAAAGUCGUAAAUCUAAUCAUUUGAAUUUCAGGCCUUAGAAUGUAUUAAUUCCUAUAAAAAAUGUCAUAAAAAGUCAUACAUUUGUCUUUGAAAGGUCUUAAAAAAAUGUGUUUUUAAAAUCAAGGCAUGAACUAAUUCACUGUACAGGCUGGUCAGAAUUUAUGGAGCAGUGUUGUGUAUGUUUAGAACAGAGUUGAGUUAGCGGCGGCCUCGACUUGUUUUUUCCCUGUAAAUAAUGUUGUAAAGAGCGCAGUGUUUGUCCCCCACUUAGAUUUUAGGCCUGUUCAUACAAUAACCUGGUUUUCUUUGGUACAUGUCUGUAAAUGUACUGAAGGCCUCAUGUGGCUGAGCAAAUCUGAACGUUUCUAAAGCAUGUGUUUGUCUUCUUGUGUCCUGCAGGCGUCUGUGAAAAACAUCCUCUCCCUGAGCGGCACGAGUGAAGCUUUAGAAUGGAGCAGGAGGAGCCACAAACCCCCUACAUUAAAGAGGAAGAGGAUGCGCCACAGUCCCCUCACAUAAAAGAUGAAGAGGAGGAACUCAGCAUCAGGAGGAAGGGAGAGCGGCUUGAAGUGUUGGAGGAGUUCACAGUGGUUGGUAAGAUUGAAUUGAGUAAGAUUAAAGGUGAAAGUGAGGAGAAGAGAGAGGCGGAGCCUCCAAGCAGCAGCUCAACUCAACACAUGACAACAAAAGCUGAUGGGGACCACUGUGGAGGAUCACAAGCAGACAAGAUCUUGGCUCCACUAUCAGAUAGUGACGACACUGAUGAUGAAAACUCUGAUGCUGAUAAGACAUGUCACACUGACAAUAAACACUUAAAAUGUUCUCAUUGUGGCAAAACUUUUAAUCGGCAUUCUCAUUUAAUAGUACACAUGAGAAUACACACUGGAGAAAAACCUUUUAACUGUUUAAUUUGCGGUAAAGCUUUUUCACAAAGUCAAACAUUGAAAAUACACAUGAGAAUACACACCGGAGAAAAAACGUUUACCUGUUCAAUCUGCGGUAAAGGUUUUGUACAAAGACAACAAUUGAAAGUGCACAUGCGAACACACACUGGUGAAAAACCUUUUAUUUGUUCAAUCUGUGGUAAAUGUUUUGUACAAAGACAUUAUUUAAAAUUACACAUGAGAAAACACACCGGAGAAAAACCUUUCUCUUGUUCAAUCUGUGGUAAAAGCUUUAUAAAAAGUCCCAGUUUGAAAGUACAUAUGAGAAUACACAGUGGAGAAAAACCUUUUAACUGUUCGAUCUGCCGUAAAGCUUUUUCUCAAAGUCAAAUAUUGAAAGUACACAUGAGAAUACACACUGGAGAAAAACCUUUUACCUGUCAAAUCUGUGGUCAAGGCUUAGUUCAAAGGCACCAUUUGACCGUACACAUGAGAAAACACAACGGUGAAAAAACAGAUUCCUGUUCAAUCUGCAACAAAAGCUUUGCUGACCGAUCAACACUUGUUAAACACAUGAGAAUACACACCGGUGAGAAAGUGUUUAGUUGCAGUGUGUGCAAUGAAAGUUUCGCUUAUAAGUACCAGUGUAAGAAACACACGUGUCCUGGUGAGAACAGCCAGUGAAGGUCCAGGCUUUUAAAUAAACUGUCAACUUUUUAUAAAGUUGACUCUACAACAUCAGCGCAUAUAACAUGUAAGACAUCAUAGUUUGUGUAACACAAUCUUGUUUAUAUGCUUUCACCUCUUUUCGAUUAGACCAGAGGUUUUUCCAAACUUUUUUCGCCAAGUACCACCUCAGAAAACUCAUGGCUCUCCCAGUACCACCGUGAUGACCAACAUUAAAUUAAAGCAGCAUAGUAGGCCUAAGUAUUCCUUACAAACAACGAAGAUGUUUUAUUUAACAAUUGUAUUUAAUAUAUUUGGCCACUGUAACAUUUCACACAGUUUGAACAGUAACUGUUCGAAUAUAGGGGGGGAAAGACGUGAUUAUUAGGCGUACCACUAAGUGGUACAUGUACCACAGUUUGAGCUUUCAAAAUAAUUAAAUGUGACAUAUUUUAAUUUCCACCGCAACCCCGAAAGAGGCAAGUGGUAGAAAAUAGAUGCAUGGAUGGGUAUUUGCUUUUUCUAAUUGUACAGGAUUCCAUAAAUGAACUAAUUUGUUGGAUACAUACUUUAUAUUUGUUAAAACCUUUGCUUUACAGUACACAUAAAUCUUUUAGCUAAUAUUUACUGGUUCACAUCUGAAAUGUUUUCUGUACCAGUUCUGGAAGCAUAUUAUCCACGUAAUACACCAUUUGAUCGUUUACUUUUCAAAUGUGCGCUUAUCUUCAUCAUUUGUUGGGUCUCGAUAAUCCAUUCUAGUAAUUAUUUACAUCACAGUCCUUUAUAAUAUGAAUAUUGUUUUGUUAUUGUUUUAUAUGUGUGUCCCCAGUCCUUUGUACAAUACGUAAUGUAUGCUUCAACAAAAGUUGGGUACAAUAAAUGUAGUCAAUAUUUCUUGAGUAUGUAUUUUGUUGUGUUUGAUUUUGCAGUCAUUUUUGAUAUGCUAUUCUUUGUAUGAUCUUGAUGUAGUUCCCAACUCAGUUUUUCAGCUAUAAUAAAUCCUGAUUAUAUUAAGUUUUA